UCCUCACAGGUUCAUCAAAGACUCACUGAACAGAUGGAAACAGAAACUGAUGGAGAGGACUGUGGAGGACCAGAACCAGCCAGGAACUCGGAUCCAGAUAGACCUUCACAUUCAGCUGCUGAUGACAAGAUGUUACCCGCAUCUGAACCCCGGACCAGUUGGGAAGGAGAGCCGCUUCGAGGGCUGGAGGAGGCUGAUAUCAUCAAGUUCCCAUUUAGUCCUGUCUCUGUGAAGAGUGAAGAAGACGAUGAAGAGAAACCUCAGUCCCCACAGCUUCAUCAAAGACUCACUGAACAGAUGGAAACAGAAACUGAUGGAGAGGACUGUGGAGGACCAGAACCAGCCAGGAACUCGGAUCCAGAUAGACCUUCACAUUCAGCUGCUGAUGACAAGACUGAAAACUCUUCUGAUCCUGAAACUGAUGACAGUUGUGACUGGGAGGAGACCAGGGAACCUCAGUCAGGUUCAAACUCUCUGCAAAAACAUGAAGUACCUGGACGUGACCAGGAAUGUAGUACUGGAACAACAUCAAGGAGCACCUCUGAAUGUGCUGCAAACUCUGGCCACAAGGGACGUCUGCAGAAACACAAUGGAUGCCAAAAAGGAGAGAAACCAUUCAGCUGCUCAGUUUGUGGUAAAAGAUACACCUUGAAGAGCUCCUUAACGCGUCAUAUGAUACUUCAUUCAGAAGAAAAAGUUUUCAGCUGCUCCGUUUGUAAAAACACUUUUCUAUGCAGAGAAGAGUUUAAGAAGCACAUGAAAAUUCACAAAAGGAAGAAGAAACAAUACAGCUGCAGUGUUUGUGGCAAAAGAUUCUCCAGGCGGUCCCAGUUUAAAAAACAUCAGUGUGUUGGUCGUCAGUCCUCACAGGUUCAUCAAGGCCAAACUGAAGAGACCAGAGAUGAGGAGCUUGUGAAAACAGAAGCUGGUGGAGAGGUCUGUGGAGGACUGGAGCCAGCGAGGAACUCUGAUACAGAUCUACAACCAUCGACAAAUGACAAGACUUCACCCUUCUCUGGACCUAGGACUGAUUUGGAGGAGAACAGGGAACCUCAGUCAGGUUCAAACCCUGUGCAAAAUAAUACUCAAUGCAACACUGGUAAGAAACCAUUUAGCUGCGCAGAGUGUGGGAAACUGUUUUGCAAAAAAUCUAAAAUGAAGACGCACAUGAAAAAUCACACAAGAGAUGAACUAUUUAGUUGUUCAGUUUGCAGUAAAGUAUUUAAUCGGAGGAUACAUCUGAAAGAACACAAGGCAACCCACACAAAGGAUUACAACUGCAGUGUUUGUGGCAAAAGAUUCACCAGGCGGUCCAAGUUUAUAAAACAUCAGUGUGUUGACCGUCAGUCCUCACAGCUUCAUCAAGGCCUACCAGAAGAGAACAGAGAUGAGGAGCUUGUGAAAGCAGAAGCUGGUGGAGAGGACUGUGGAGGACUGGAGCCAGCGAGGAACUCGGAUACAGAUUUACAAUCAUCGACAAAUGACAAGACUUCACCCUUCUCUGGACCUAGGACUGAUUUGGAGGAGAACAGGGAACCUCAGUCAGGUUCAAACCCUGUGCAAAACAAUACUCAAUGCAACACUGGUAAGAAACCAUUUAGCUGCGCAGAGUGUGGGAAACUGUUUUGCAAAAAAUCUAAAAUGAAGACGCACAUGAAAAAUCACACAAGAGAUGAACUAUUUAGUUGUUCAGUUUGCAGUAAAGUAUUUAAUCGGAGGAUACAUCUGAAAGAACACAAGGCAACCCACACAAAGGAUUACAACUGCAGUGUUUGUGGCAAAAGAUUCACCAGGCGGUCCAAGUUUAAAAAACAUCAGUGUGUUGACCGUCAGUCCUCACAGCUUCAUCAAGGCCUACCAGAAGAGAACAGAGAUGAGGAGCUUGUGAAAGCAGAAGCUGGUGGAGAGGACUGUGGAGGACUGGAGCCAGUGAGGAACUUGAACAAAGAGGGACAUUUACAACCAGCGACUGAUGACAAGACUUCACAGUUCUCUGAACCUAAGGCUGAUUUGGAGGAGACCAGGGAGCCUCAGUCAGGUUCAAACCCUCUGCAAAGCAAUGAAGUACCUCUGCAGGAACACAUUGGACUUCAAACACCAGAGCUCCCACACAUAAAAGAGAAGUCCAGCCCCAGCAUGGACCAGGAGGACCCACCAGAGCGCCCGCUCAUUAAAGAGGAACAGGAUGAACUCUGGACCAGUCAGGAGGGAAAGCAGCUUCAAGAGCAUCAAAGACUAACUGAGCACAUGGAAACAAAAACUGAUGGAGAUGACUGUGGAGGACCAGAACCAGCCAGGAACUCCGAUCCAGAUGGACAUUUUCAACCUGAGGUUGAUGACAAGAUGUCCCACUCUGAACCUAAGACUGAUGACAGUUGUGAUUGGGAGGAGACCAGGGAGCCUCAGUCAGGUUCAAAGCCUUCACAAAACAAUGAAGUACCUGUAAGUGAUCAGGAAUGUAGUACUGUAAAAACAUCAAGUAGCUCCUCUGAAUGUGCAACAAGCUCUGGCCACAAACCCAAUGAAGUACCUGUAAGUGAUCAGGAAUGUAGUACUGUAAAAACAUCAAGUAGCUCCUCUGAAUGUGCAACAAGCUCUGGCCACAAACCCAAUGAAGUACCUGUAAGUGAUCAGGAAUGUAGUACUGUAAAAACACCAAGUAGCUCCUCUGAAUGUGCAACAAGCUCUGGCCGCAAGGGACGUCUGCAGAAACAGAAUAAAGUCCAACAAGAGAUGCCAUUUACUUGCUCAGUUUGUGGUAAGGGAUACUUAGGGAAGAACUCCUUAACGGGACAUAUGAGAAUUCAUCGAGAAGUAAAAGAUUUCAGCUGCUCAGAUUGUGAUAAAAAGUUUCAUUCAAGAAACAGUCUGUCCAAACACAAGAAAAACGACCACGCUGGGGAGAUGCCGUUUACUUGUUAUAUCUGUGGUAAAAGAUUCGUACUACAGAAACAGCUGAGUCGACACAUGAAUGUAGGGCUGCAUUUAACAGUUCUUUCUUAAUUAAUAAAUCAGAAGACUGUUUUUGUUAUUACUCAAUUAAAGUUGGAGUAGGUGCCAAUUCAGAAAAUAUGUUUUCAUGAUCUGUUAGCUGUCCGUUCUGUGUGCGUGCUUAAACAAUAUCUGGCGUUUGUUUUCAAAGUGGGAAACCACCGCACAUGUUCUGUGUCAGUAACGUUAACACGAGGGUUUCAUGACCGUCGCAGUCUGUCAGGGUCUUCCUGACGCUUUAGUUCUAUACUUCAGACAGAAGAUUUUUUUUCCUCUUUCAGCUCUGUGACCAUAUUUACUUUGACAAGUUAGUGCAACUCUUUCAGGAUAAAGAUUCAUUUUGAAAUUAUAUAUUUUUUUAAACAUAUUUUACUGGACAUUUUCGCAGCUUCAACAUGUCUUCAGUGGUUUUUAAACAGUGUUUGUUAAUAAUUCAUUUUCUGUUGAUUUAUGACAUGAAACCAUUGUCAACAUUUUAAGUUUCUGAUUAAAAUGUGUAAUGCUGUAA